AUGGAGAUAAGGAUAAAUGUAAAAAAUGAACACGUUGAUCCUGAAAUAAAUGCUAUGGCUCUCAAAAUGAAAGAAAAUUAUCAAAAAAAUGCAACAAAUCAACAGGCCACUUCUCCGGCAAAUGUUUAUAUAAACAGAGCCGGUAGAGAAGUAACAUUGACUAAUGCACCAAUUACAACGAAUAACACACAAAAAAAUCAAGACAAAUUACCCAAAGAUUGUGAAGAUGUAGAAAGUAUAAAAGGUAGAUUUUCGUGGAAAUUAAUUGCUGGAUACCAUGUACCCUAUAUCGUUAGAGUAAUUAAUGGUGAACAGUUAAAAUUUGUAUCUGUACGUAUGGCUGAAACUCAGCUACUCAGCAACUAUUUACAUUAUUUACAUGAAGAUAUUUAUACAUGCACAUCAGUAAGAGGUUAUUUUAUUACUGAAUCAGAAGCUAAAUUAUUGAAUAAUAUCAACAAAAAACAUGCCGACCAUAUAUACGGGAAAAAAGUAUUUUUUGCAGGAAAAGAUUAUGUUGUGCGUUUAGAAGACGUUGAGGAAUUUUAUACGUUCAUAGAAGUAUGUUAUAAAAAAUUACAGUGCAAUAUUACUCCAGGACAAAGAGAGAAAUGUGGUUUUAUUCGUAUUAACUCUGAAUUUGUUGUGCCAUAUUGUAUCAAAGAUAACCAAAAAUAUGUCCCACUCUUCUACUUUAAAGGUGAAACAGAUAACCUAAGACAUCGAGCUGUACAAUUAAAAAAUUGGAACUUGGCAUAUCUCAAGUUCUGUAGCAAAGUUCAGCUUAUCAGAAAUGUGUUGUUUGCCAGUGAUUCUUGUACAGUGGCCAGUCUUGAUGAUAUCAAAAAUUAUUAUCCACCGGAAACUAAUUUUGAGGAAUAUUGGCCAGCUAAGUUGGUUGAUACACAACUGCUAAUUAAUCCGAAGUCUACCCAUGUAAAUCCACCUGGUUCCUGGAUCAGAGCACCCCCUGAAGUAGGACCUGCUGAAAACACUAUUGCUCACACUUCAACAGCACCAGCAUCAUUACCACCGAGUAUGCCAGUUAUGAUGAACACAUAUCAAAACGAAUGGCCAGCAAACCAAAUGGUUUCAACGAUAUCUCAAAGCAGCAGUUUGGUAAACUGCGCGGUUCAUGUUGUAACACCACCGGCUUUAGUCUGUGCAGGCAAUACGACACCAGUAAUUGGUAAAACCGUUUCAUACUCCAACGUUAUACCUAUUUGCCAAUGUAUAAACACUAUAAAUAAUCCAAUAACAAAUGGCAAUGUAACGUCACAUUCAAGUCAAAUGAGACAAUUCUACACUCAACGUCCUAACAAUAGUCAAGCCCAACAACAACCGCAGAUACAACAGCAACAACAAAUAAUUACCACUCCUCAAACUCAGCAACCAUAUAGUGGCCAAUCUGCACAUGGUCGUUUAACCAAUACACAACAGCGCAACGCAUUAAGUAAUGCUCGGCCUGUUGUAACUGCUCCGCCCUUAGAAAUCAUUGACUUAUCGUCCCCACCAUCCAGCCCUGUUCCUCCAGCUGCACAGGAGAAUCCUCUUCGUCCUAAUAUUGCAUGGGAAUUGACUAGAAUACCGGAAUGGACGUGGGCGCAUGACACAUCUAAUAAUGAUGCAUACAAGAUCCAAAGGGCAACACUUCAAAGGAGAAUUAUCCACUGCAUAAACGCUAAACCAUACAUCUAUUCGGAUAUGAUGGUGACAUUAGACGAUUUAGUCCAGAAUGUAUUGCCUUUGUGUACAGUCGCGAGAUGCGCUUACAUCUUAAACAAAUACUUGAAAACGACACUAUUCAUUGGAAAUUCCGAGCAGUUGGCUGUGUUGCGGGAAAAUGGACGCAUCAGGUCGAUGUACCCGGAUGAAACACUCAUGGUCAAGCUACAAGAUGUCACGCAUGUUUUGCCGCAAUUAAAGGCAUUGGUGUUAAAGAAUGAUGAACAAAUACAACAAUAUCUAGCUGCUGCAGCUGCUGCGGGUGGUCCGGCCAAAAGACCACGCACCAGCUAG